UGCAAGCUUUGGUCAGAAAAGGCAUGCUGCACAGAAGAAACCACAAGGCUGAUCCACAGUGACCCAGAGUUGAUGGUGUAUGGAUUCAACUUCAGUCACUGCAAGCCUCUGUCCCCACAGUGUAUCAGACACUUCAGACAAGAGUUUUGCUUCUUUGCCUGCUCUCCCAAUGCAUCUUAUCCACUUGGGAGACACAGGUUCCAUGGAGUACCACUCUGUGCUGGUGACUGCAAGGCUUGGUUCCAUGCAUGUGGGGAAGACUUGACAUGUGCCAAGGAUUGGUUCAAAGACUUCGACUGGGACUCUGGAAAGAAUGUUUGUCCAGCUAACUCGGAUUGCAUCACCUUCAAAGAGAUGUUUGGCAAUGCUAAAACAUUUUGUGAAUCUUUUCAACCCAAGAAACUUGUCAUAUGCCAUGUUUGGAGUGGUGAGUGGGUGUAUGAAGAAGACUCUUCCAAAUGUCUCAAACUCUGGUUUGAUGCUGGAGACAACCCAAAUGCCAAAGUGGCCAGUUAUUUUGCACAAAAGGCGGCUGGAACCAAAUCCGGUGAUCAAUCAACCCACCACACCCUGGACAAUUCCUCCACCUUUUCUGCCCCACCUUCAAAUUCCGCCAAGUUUAUUCCCCUGUUACCGUAUUGUGGUUGGACACUAGCAGGGAUGUUUGUCCUUCACAGCAUGCAACGCAAUAUCCCAUUGUAUUAA